GGCAGCGGCGGUCUGUUGCCUCGUCAGUCCUGUCUGCCAUGGAGCUGCCCGGGAUCAGCGCCGCCUACCUCAAGCAGCUGCUGCUGGCGAUGGCGGCCAGCCUGGGCUACCUCACCGUGGGGCUGGUGCGCGGCUUCUCGUCGCCCGGGGUGCCCUCCAUGCAGCAGACGACGCCCUGGCUCGUGCCCGACGACGACGCCGUCUCCUGGGUCAGCUCGGUGCCGCCGCUGGGCGCGUUCGUGGGCAGCCUGGCGUCGGGCCCGCUGCUGCAGCGGCUCGGCCGCAAGCGCACCCUCAUGAUCAGCGCGCCGCUGUUCGUCGCCUUCUGGGUGCUGCUCGCCUUCUCGCAGAACUACGCCAUGCUCUUCUCCGCGCGCAUCCUCACCGGCUUCUGCGCCGGCAUCUCUAUCCCGUCCGCCCAGGUCUACGUGAACGAGAGCGCGCACGCGCGCGUGCGCGGGGUGCUGGGUUCGCUGCCGGCGCUGUUCAUGUCGGGCGGCAUCCUGCUGGCCUACGUGCUGGGCGCGUGGCUGCCGUGGCAGGCGCUGGCCGGCGCGUGCGCGGUGCCGCCCGCGCUGCUCUUCCUCUCCCUGCUGCCGCUGCCAGAGUCACCCGUCUGGCUGGCCGACCGCGGCCGACACGCCGAAGCCGCGCGCGCCAUGGCCUGGCUACACCGCGACAGCGUCUUCGGUAAACACGCUACUGCUGUUGCCUGCCGGCCGCUGAAAGCGCGACAGCGCGCCUGCACAAAAUUAACAAUUAUUCAGUUAAGGGGGUUGCCUUUCUUUUCUGCUUGUUCUACAAAGCACCGCAUCACGUCAUCUGCAAAUACGAGGAAUGGCAGUCCCUUCAGCCGGAGGGCGCUGCUACGCAGGCCCGUCCUCAUCCCACUGGCCCUCUCGCUCGCCCUGCUCGUCUUCCAGCAGCUCAGCGGAAUCGACUCGGUGGUGUUCUACACGGUGAUGAUCUUCGAGAGCGCGGGCAGCACGCUGGACGACCACGUGGCGACCAUCAUCGUGGGCGCGGUGCAGCUGCUGGCCAACGUGGCGGCGCUGUUCGUGGUGGACCGCGCCGGCCGCCGCCCGCUGCUGCUCGCCUCCGGGGCGCUCAUGGCCGUCUCCAUGGCGGCGCUCGGCGCCUACUUCAACCUGCAGGAGCAGAACCGCGAGGAGGGCCUGGAGCUGCUGCCACUGGCCAGCCUGGUGGUGUUCAUGCUGGGCUACUCGCUGGGCUACUGCACGCUGCCCUUCCUACUGAUGGGCGAGCUGCUGCCGGAACGCCAGCGCGGACCGCUCAGCUCGCUUGCCGGCUCGUUCAACCUUGCCUUCAUGUUCGUCGUCAUCAAGACCUUCCACAACUUCCAGCAACUGCUCGGCAACGACGGCACCUUCUGGCUGUAUGGCGCCAUGUGCCUCGCUAGCUGCGCCUUCGUGUGGCUGCUGGUGCCCGAGACGCGCGCCAAAUCGCUCGCAGAGAUCGAGCAGUUCUUCGAGGACAGCCACCAGGCGCGCAAGGAGAAGCGCGCUGCGGCCGCCAGGGCGGUCUGUCAGGAAGCUGAUGACUAUGCAUCACAGGCUUCCAGUCAAUCCAGUACAUCCAUGUACAGUGUCAGGAAGCUGAUGCCUCCAGAUCACAAGCCUCUAGUCAAACCAGCUUUGGGACUGGGCAUGCAAGCCUGA